GAAACUAUUUCACUGGGUGAGUGAGUGCAACCCAAAUAUGUUGCAAACUGUAAAGCACCCUUGUUCAGUCUGUAUUAUGCUCAGACCAUUUGGUGUCCUGAAAAACAUUAACAUGACUUCAAAUAGCAGACAUUAAAAGGACAUGGAACCAAAGUAUGGCUAGCCUGCGUCUCUGGACUUCGAUUACCUGUUUACUGUCCAUAAUUCAAGACAUCGCUACGUUAUCUUAUCCGUUAAACGUGACUAUUGUUUCUGAAAAUUUUUACAACCUGCUAAAAUGGAAUGCUGUGGAUGAUGAUUCUAACAACACACGUUAUACAGUCGAAGUCAUGAAAUUAGGAGAAUCCUGGAAAGUUGUUCCUACCUGUUUGAAGAUUCAUGCCAGAGAAUGUAACCUAUCAGAGAUGAUAUCACAGAAUAUAUCCAAUAUAUAUGACAAAUACUGGGCCCGGGUUACAUUGGAUUUUGGCGAGAACAAUGCAACAUGGGUUGAAUCUGAAGAACUGCAGCCAUAUUCACAAACUGUUAUCGGGCCACCGCAUUUGUCUUUUAAUUGCUCUAACCAAGAAGAUGUAGUGGCGCUCUCAAUGCCUUGGACUCCCUUCAAAACAAAUGAAAGCAGAAACAUGCUUCUGAGUGAAAUCUUCCCCGGCCUGAAAUAUGUCAUUAAGCUGUAUAGUGAGAGUGAAGAAAAGGAAGAUGUAUUCGUGAAAUAUGACACAAAACUGAAAGAAACAUUCUACAGUUUCAGUAAUCUGGCACCCAGUACCAACUACUGUGUUACAGCCAGACUGCACAGAUAUGGCUUGCAUAGUCGGUCACAUGAUAUAAUUUGCUGCACAACUAAUUCCCCUGAACAGUCUCGGAUUUCUGAGUGGAUAAUAGCAGUGUCAGGUGUAACUGUAUUAGCAGUAUGUUCUAUUCUCCUGUACUGGUCCCGAUGCUGCAUGCAUCAAAACCCUGAAGCAAUGCUCUUACCAAAGGCCCUGGAAAUGAUCAAUAAUGAACUGGCUUGUAAGGAUAAAGACCACAAACCGGAGGGAGACCAUAUCAGUUCCCUCAGCAUCUGUCAGACUUAUGAUUGGAAGCCACAAUUCAUUCCUAUCCAACAGCUCCAGAAUGGCUUAACUUUGUACGAAAAGAGUAAAAAUGUUGGAAGCAAACAUUGUUGGAGCUGUUCAGAUGGUUGUCAGAAGCAGAACUUUUAUGAGUCCAAAAACCAGGAAGUGGACAGCAUGUAUUCUUUAUCAUCCUUUCCUUUUCAAGACCCUAGUGCAACAAUAAAAUCCUGUUGUGCAGCCACGAUAAAAGACUUCACACCAAUGCAGACAGAGAGUGAAGAGUUAAAUGUGUCUCAUAGUCAGAAUCUUUACAAAGGUUUUGAGGCUUGUGGUGUGUUAACAUCAGACCAAACAAAUAUUCUCAAAGAUGUGAAAUCAUCAGGCCUGAUUGAUUCCCUAGUAGCCUGUCAAAGCAACAUUUCUCUGAGCUCUGUGAAACUGUUGACCUGUGAAGAAAUAGACAGUGAUCAAGGAAAUACCUUUGACUCUCAAUCUCUUGAAAGUGUCUCCAGUUUGGUUAAUAUAUACUCAGUGGAAUCUCAGAUUGUAGAUGACAGUGACACUGUUACUCAAAAUUUAUUGCACUCCAAACCUGAGGCUGAGGAACAGCAACCAUUUUCACAAGAAAGUACCAGAAGGAAUGCUGGUUACAAACUAUGCCCAAUACUGUGUGAACCCUUUCAAAUGGCUGACAAUGGCUAUGAAUCUCGUGGCAAACUGCUUUAGUACAGUUUCUUAGAAAUGAGGCUAAAUUUGCCACUUUGAAUCAGCUGAAGCAAAGCAUACUUCUAUUCAUAUCCAGGAACAUCUUCUCAUGAGGAGGCUGGGAAUUUAAUAAAUGCACUAAGAUAGAGGCAGAAAAAAAAUUACAUUUUUUAUAGGAUAAAUUCAUACAUACCUGCCUUUAAAUAUAUAGCCAGAUCAAGUUUUUUAUUCAUGACUUACCUGUAUACUGCAGUAAGACACAUGAUUUCAGUACUUAAGGAUGCUUGGGCCACAUAUGUUACAACAUCUUUAUUUGGUAAUGAAGUAAACAAAUGUGAAUUUUUAUACCUACUACAUCUGACUGCCUGCCAUCACCUAGGUUCUGCAGCUGAUUUAGAGCCUGCCGCUCCACUUUACUGUACACCUCUCCAACUUACUUUCUGUCCAGGGUCCCACAUAUUGGGAACCUCCAAGUAAGCAGUUGAGGGAAGUAUACAGACAAAAGAUCAGGAUAUUCCAGUACACCGCACUGUGGAAGUUUGUUUUUCAGUAUGUUCUGCCCACUGCUUCACCCAGUUUGCACGUACAUGUCUCAGGGCUAGCAUCCUUGGUAUUCACCAAGAAGUAAUACUCCUUGACUGUAAACCCCACUCAGGUAGGUGAGCUAGUAAAAAUAUUCCACUCUGUAUCCACAACCAGUUCUUCAGGGACUGGUUCUAUUGAUUUGGAUCCAGUUCAUGUAGACUGCAGACAGAUCUCCACCCCUUUGUGCACAGAGGUUUACAAUGUGAAUGGCAUGUCCUGAAUAGAGAGACUUUCAGGAAAUACACACAGCUUCAUAUCUCAGAAAACUGAGUUUAAGAAUACUGAGACAAGAUGAGUGCAUGUUUGCCAUUGCUGAAGUUUUUCUAGAUUGGAGAUGCCUAGAUCAUACAAUGACUGCCUUGUAACUUGGAUUGGCGAUGCCUAGAUCCUACAGUGACUGCACUGUAACUUGGAUUGGAGAUGUCUAGAUCCUACAACGACUGCAGUGUAACUUGGAGAAGUUGAGUUUUACUUUUGCUAUCCACCUUUUCCCGCUUGAGUUUGUGCAACCUCAGAGUCAGUAUAUUUACUGACUGUUUCGGACGGCACAGUGGUGCAGUGGUAGCGUUGUCACCUCCCAGCAAGAGGUUCUCCGGUUUGAUUCCCAGCUGGGGUGCCUUCUGUGUGGAUUCUG